UCUUUUUUAAUAAUCACAAAAAAAAUGUCAACAAUUUUUCGUACAAAAUAUUUGAGUGAGCAACAACUUUCUGGAUUUAAUAAAUAUAAAUAUGCUUGUAUAGAUAAUUCUCCAAUUUCUGUGUAUAUUUCACAUCCUUUUUGGAAUUGGAUUGUUGAGUUUUAUCCUCGUUGGUUACCUCCAAAUGUUUUAACUCUUGGUGGAUUUUUAAUUUUAAUUUCUUCUUUUAUUUUGGUGUCUAUUUAUGAUUAUAAUUUUAAUUCAAAUACUUUUGGUUUCAAACAAGAAGAAGCAAUUCCAAAUUGGAUUUGGUUAGUUUGUUCUAUUGCUACUUUUUUGGCUCAUUUACUUGAUGGAACUGAUGGAAAGCAGGCGAGAAGGACUGGAUCGAGUGGACCGACAGGAGAAUUGUUUGAUCAUGGAUUUGAUUCUUGGUCAACAGUUCCACUUACACUUACAAUUUUUUCUAUUUUUGGACGUGGUGAAUAUAGUAUAUCUCCAUAUACAAUGCUCUGUGUUUUAAUAUCGGUUCAACUUGUAUUUAUUUGUAGUCAUUGGGAAAAAUAUAAUACUGGAGUUUUGUUUUUGUCUUGGGGUUAUGAUGCUAGUCAAUAUGGACUUUGUAUUUUUCACCUUUUCGCCUUCUUUGCAAAUCCAAAAAUUUUUCAUUCUAAUUUGGUUGAAGGGCUAAGUCUUGCCUAUUUUAUUGCUACAACAUUUUUUAUUUCUUGUAUUCUUUCUUUGGCCAGUUGUUUGUAUAAUGUUUACCAUGCUUAUAUAAUUUCAAAAACGGGAGUACAGGUUUUUAUUUUAUUUUUAGAACAAAACAGCUUAAAUUUUAAUGGAUGUUAAAUUAAGUUAAAUUUAAAAUGUAUGUAUAGGGUUGUUGUCUGAUUGGUUAGGGCGCUAGAUUUUUGGUGAAGUUGGUGGGUUCGAAUCCCACUCAUUGAAUCUUUUUUCAUUUGUUUAGAUAUGGCUUUAAAAAAUGUUUUUCUAGUUAGAAAAUACUCAAAACUAUUUUUUGAUUGAUCCUCGACCUCUUUUUCCCAAAAAAGACUUGCUACUUU